GCACAAUGGAAUUCCUUUGUUCCACUAUUUAGGAUAAGUGGCAUCUUUAGAGCCUUAUACUUGGAUCCACUGGUCAAAAUCGGAAAUUGUGUCGACGAAACAGUGGAUAUUCUGAUUUUCUUCAGAGACGUGUCGACCGGAACGAUGGGGUGGCAAGUGUUCAUGUAUAUCUCCAUGCUCUCUGUCGGUGUAGCGCGCGGGCAGGUCAGCUAUUCCAUUCCCGAGGAAAUGGAAAAAGGGGCUGUAAUAGGUAAUAUUGCCCAGGAUUUAGGUUUAGGAGUAGACAGACUGAAGUCCGGUAAGGCUCGUAUUUAUACUGGUAACACUGAGGAGUAUGUUGAGCUGAGGCGAGACAGAGGAGUGCUUCUUAUAAAAGACAGAAUAGACAGAGAGUCGCUCUGUGGUCAAACAAUGCCCUGCGCACUCCAUUUUCAAAUGAUCCUGGAAAACCCGAUGGAGUUUUACACCGUGACCGUUGAAAUUACCGAUAUAAAUGACAACCCUCCCACGUUUGAGAGAAGUGAGAUGAAAUAUGAAAUUAGUGAAUCAGCUCUCACUGGUGCUCGAUUCGUCUUAGAAAAAGCCGUAGACAAUGACGUUGGUGUGAACGGUUUGAGCAGCUACACCCUGAAACCUAGUGAUAAUUUCGUUCUCAAAACCAUCAGUCGAGGCGACGGGACUAAACAUGUCGAAAUGGUUUUACAGAAACCGCUAGACCGAGAAAAACACGAACAUUUAUCAUUAAUACUAACCGCUCUGGAUGGCGGAGAACCGCAGCUCUCAGGGACAAUGCAGAUUAUGAUAACUGUUCUAGACGCAAAUGACAAUCCGCCUGUUUGUUCUAGAACGGAGUACAAAGCAAGUGUUACAGAGAACGCUCCUGUUGGCACAGUAGUAACCACCGUCAGAGCUACGGACGUGGAUAAGGGAAAUAACGGAAAAGUAACAUAUAUGAUCCCAAAAUCAGCAGCGGCGAGUCUCUUUCAAAUUGAUCCUAAUGAUGGUGUAUUGACACUCACGGGGAAUGUAGAUUACGAAAAAAGGAGACUUUAUGAGCUGGAUGUUCAAGUGUCAGAUCAGGGAGGACUGUCGGACGCAUGUAAAGUGAUUGUGGACGUGACAGAUACAAAUGAUAACCCUCCGUCUAUUAACAUCAUGUCUAAAUCAAACACGCUGUCUGAGAACAUGAAACCAGGAACUGUUGUAACGAUGCUGAACAUACAAGAUCCAGACUCGAAUGAAAACGGCAAAGUCAUGUGUGUUUUAAGCGAAAAUACACCUUUUACAAUUAAAUCAACAACAAAUAAUUUCUUUUCCGUUUUAACAGAGGAUGAAUUAGACAGAGAGAGAGCCUCUGAGUAUAACAUCAGUGUGACCUGCUCUGAUGAGGGAGUGCCCUCCCUCUCCAGCAGCGUCACUCUCACC